ACUCUCUCCCUCUCGCCUUCACGAACCUCCACGACUCUCUCAACACCAUGUCGCAGCCAUCCUACCAGCUCUUUUGCCUGGGCAACCCCCUGCUCGACAUGCAGGUCACCAACGGCGAGGCACUCCUCGCCAAGUACGGCCUCAAGUCGAACGAUGCCAUCCUGGCUGAGGAAAAGCACGCGCCCAUCUACCGCGAGCUUGUAGACAACUACAAGGUCACCUACGUCGCCGGUGGUGCUGCACAGAACGCGGCCCGUGGCGCUGCGUACGUCCUCCCCGCGCACUCCGUUGUGUACACCGGCUGUGUCGGCGACGAUGAUCUGGCGGAGCAGCUCAAGGCUGCGAACAAGCGCGAAGGCCUUGACGAGGUCUACCUCGUCAAAAAGGGCGAGAAGACCGGCGCCUGCGCGGUCAUCAUCUCUGGCCAUGACCGCUCGCUCGUGACUACCCUAGCUGCCGCGGAGAAGUUCGAGAAGGAGCACCUCUCUUCGCCCGAGGUUGCUCCCCUCGUUGACGCCGCAAAGGUGUACUACGUCGAGGGCUACUUCCUGACGCACGGCACCGAGUCCGCGCUCGAGAUCGCCAAGAAGGCAUCGGAGGCCGGGAAGAUCUUCGUCCUGAACCUGUCCGCACCCUUCAUCCCGCAGUUCUUCGCCGUGCAGCUGCAGCAGAUCCUGCCCUACUGCGACAUCAUCAUCGGAAACGAGGCCGAAGCCGAGGCAUGGGCGAGCGCAACUGGUCUCCCCGACAAGGAGGACCUCGCGGCCGUCGCGCGCGCGAUCGCGACGCAGCCCAAGUCGAACGCCUCGCGCCCGCGCACGGUGAUCAUCACGCACGGCCCGAAGUCGACGACGGUCGUGACGUCCGCGGAGCCGGACGCGCCGAAGGUGUUCCCGGUCACGCCGCUGCAGGACGCGGAGAUCGUGGACACGAACGGCGCGGGCGACGCGUUCGCGGGCGGCUUCCUCGGCGGGAUCGUGCUCGGGAAGGGCGUCGACGAGGCCGUCGAGGCGGGCCACAAGCUCGGUGCGAUGUGUGUGCAGCAGGUCGGCCCGCAGUACAAGUGGCCCAAGGUCCCGAUCUUCUGAGGAGUGGACGACUCGAACGCGAACACCCACCCCCAUCCCCGCACGUCACGACACCUGCUGAUUCCCCAUCCGUAACUUAUUCCGGCUCCCUCGCUCUCAACAGCGUAUGCUUCCACGAUUCCCCCGAUGUAGCGUCCUAGGAGCUUCCCACAUUGUAGAUUACGAGUCAACCAUCGUCAUAUCUGUAGUAGUCAAUCGCUUGCUGCGACAAUACCAAUGAAUUC